AUAUCCAGAAAAUUUAAAGUGUGAUCAACAUGCUUGUAUAUGUCUUUUUUAUGUUCCUUUUUACAAGCUUCUGUAAAUUGGCAACUGCUCAACACUCACAAAGGUACCUAGAGAAAAUGGAACAUCGAAACAAGAUGUAUUCCACCACGCCUUUAACAGAGUACAAUUCGCCGUCACUCAGUCAUUGUGUGGCUUCAUGUAGCAGCACUUGUGGAUGUAAUUGCAUAGGAUUUAACAAUCACACAGAGAAAUGUCACGUUUUGAAAUCAUGUGACUCAGUGGACAUGACGAUCACUGAAGCUUUUUGGAGCUAUUACAUUCCUACACCACAAGAUUUGCCUGGUGACUGUAAAGCUAUGUAUGACAGAGGAUGCAGAACGUCUGGUGUGUACACUAUAUACCCCUGGGAGAGGUACAGUCCCCUGUGUCGGUCUACCAGGGUCUUUUGUGAUAUGGAAAGGAAUGAAGGAGGAUGGACAGCUAUCCAAAGGCGAAAAACUGGAUCAGUUAACUUUACCCGGAAUUGGAAUGAUUACAAGGUCGGGUUCGGAAACCCAGAAAAAGAUUACUGGAUUGAAAUCAUUUGA